GUGCUAAAAGAAAAGAGAAGAGCAAGGGAGAAAAUGAGGAAGCUCCAGAGGGUUUCGAAAAGAAAAAAAGAUGUAUGAUUACACCACCUCCUGAUUCUGAAAAUUUUGAAACAUUCUUUGAUAGAUCAAGGAAGUCCAGUAAUACUUCGCUGAGAGUUUCGGAUGUCUCUGUUCUUGUUCACCAGCCAUUAGCUUGA